AUGAACUCUGCCUACCACCCGCCCGACAUGUCGCAACGUUUGCCUGGUCCUGGUCCUGGAUACUCCUCCAGCUUACCACCGCCUAUCCACGCCUACCAACAGCAUCAGCAUCCUCCGCCAUCUCUACCACCUCCGAGCCAGCUUCACCAUUCGUCUCAUCCUCCUCCUCCACCGCCGCCCUCAACUCAGCACCCUCACCACCAACACCCCCCGCAGCCACCACCACCACCUCCUUCUUCUUCCCAUUCGCUAUCUUCGCAUCAACACCACCCUCAACCGCCGCACCACCAAUCUCAGCAUCCGCCAUACCCUCCAAUUUCAUACCAACAGCCUCACCCGAGUCAAUACACACGACCUCAACCACACCAACAACUUCCGCCCCCUUCACGACACGAUGAACCUCCUCCGCCUUCCUCGGAAGCAUCCCCUAACGAUCAGCCUGUUGAUCCUCAAUACGAACCUCAAUCGUUCUCCAAGGUUGAAGAAGGCUCUGGUCUGAAAUACAGUCUCGAGGUGCAACAACAACCCAUACGUGCACGCAUGUGUGGUUUUGGGGACAAGGAUCGUCGCCCAAUUACGCCGCCACCAUGUGUUCGCUUGGUCAUAUUUGAUACCAACACAGGGAAGGAAGUUGACUAUGUUAACCUUGAUCAUUCCAUGUUCGUACUGUCGGUCGACCUCUGGGACAGGCACGGCGCUAAAGAAGUGAAUCUGGUCCGAUCUUCGACAGGGACGGGUGCUAUGGCAUCGUCAAAUAGCUACUCAUACUCUACCCUGGAGCCAGGUACACCUUCUUCGUAUCAACAACAAUCCCUGCCUCCAAGCCGUGAAUCUGGAUAUGGUCAGACACAAGGGAUGGGAUACGGGCAGGAUUACCCACCACCGGCACAGCAAAGCUAUGGGCAAGCACCGUCGUACCCGUCGAGCAGUUCUUACGGCCCGCCUCAGCAGUACUUCCCGCGACACAGCGGUUAUAGUGCCGAUCCUCCCGCCCCUCCGCCAGGCGCCCCUUUCCGCAGUGGCUACAGCCAGGAUCAGAAUGCGCUUACUCGAAUGGCAGUGGUGGGAGGUCAGCCUCAGGGGAUGUUUACAAGGAACUUGAUUGGCAGUUUGGCUGCGAGUGCAUUCCGCCUCAACGACACAGAGAGAAAACCAGGUAUCUGGUUUGUCCUGCAGGAUCUGAGUGUUCGUACUGAAGGAAACUUUCGGUUGAGGUUCUCGUUCGUCAACGUUGGCCGACCCGGAGGUCCCGGCGGCCCGGGAGCUAAUGUUAACCAAGGCCGGGCACCAAUAUUAUCGUCAUGCUUCAGUAAGGAGUUCUCUGUGUACUCAGCCAAGAAGUUUCCUGGUGUGUGCGAAAGCACCCCUUUGAGCAAGACAUUCGCGGGUCAAGGUAUCAAAAUCCCGAUUCGCAAAGACACAAAUAUCAAGGGCGAAGGCGAUGAGGACAUGUACGACCAAAACUGA